GGGUUAUAGGACAGCAUUCUUUGCAGCAGGGCUUCAGUUCUUCCACAGCUCAGCGGACAAACUCCCAGUCUUCAAUUUGCUCCACAUACAACUGCUGUGCAGCUCUUUGCUCCCGUGCCGAUUGUUGUCUUAAUCUGAAUUGCUCCUUAAGCAAACAACCUUUUCCUCUGUCUGAAGAUCUCUGGAGCUUAGCCACCACAAUGGAUUCUGCGACAAUGGAGCUGCUGUCCCUGUUGACCAAUCAGUCAUCAGAGACCUGUGCGGCAGUGGCGACGACAGCUGAGAACACCUUAUUUGGAUGUUUCUACAUCCUGGUUUUCUUCCUGGCGCUGAACGGUAACAGCUUGGCUCUCUGGAUCUUCUGUCAUCAGCGUGGCACUUCUUCUCCAGCUAAUGUCUUCUUGAUACACCUGGCUGUGGCAGACUUGUCAUACGUGAUCAUCCUCCCACUGAGGGCCACCUACCACCUCACUGGAGGCCACUGGCCCUUUGGCGAGGUGCCCUGCAGAGUGGUUGGCUUUUUGUUUUAUGUCAACAUGUAUGCGAGCCUGUACUUUCUGGCCUGUGUGGCGGUGGACCGCUACCUGGCUGUGGUUCAUGCUGUGAGGUCUCUAAAUAUUCGUCGGGCUCGCUAUGCUCACAUCAUCAGCUUCUCUCUCUGGGCUCUGGUUACUAUCUCCAUGGCGCCAUUGCUAGUAACCCACCAAACUGCGGAGGUGGAUGGUGUGACAGUGUGUCUUCAGCUGUACAGAGAGAAGGCUUCGCGUAAUGCGCUGAUCUCACUGGCUGUGGCCUUCACCCCACCUUUCCUCACCAUCCUGUCCUGCUACCUGCUCAUCAUUCACAGCCUGCGUCAGGGCUCCAGGUUAGAGCCGGCUCUCAAGCUGAGGGCCCUGCGUACCAUCAGUCUAGUAAUACUCAUCUAUGUGGUCUGUUUCCUGCCCUAUCAUGUGAGCAGGGCCACCUUCAUCUUCGGGUACAGCCACCCUGAUGUGUCCUGCCAGACACGCAGAGGCCUGAGCUUCGCCAACCGCCUCACCUCCUCCCUCACGUGUCUCAACGGUGCUAUGGAUCCACUGGUCUAUGUGUUUGGGGCCAAGAAGUUCCGUGGGACACUAACACAAAUGUUUUGCAAACAUAAGGCAGGAGUGUCAGGAGCCACCAGUGGAGAGUUAAAAGGAACACAUGAGAGUUCAGUGAGUGCCAAGUCUGAGUUCUGAGGAAUUUGAACUCAAUCUGGAGCACCGUGUGGACUAAAUGCUUUUCCAACACAACCAAAAAUGGUCUGACUAUUGACUGACUGUUUCCUUUGCCCAACUGAAGGCCUGGGCGCAUUCGUCAAUGUGGUUGAUGUUCCACAGUAGCCCCCUUAACCUGAAUUUAAAGCACAGUUCCAGUGUCCAUCUUUUGCCCAAUUCAAUGAAGCAUCACAGACUUGAACUGAAAUCAUCCAUGUGAAUCCAGGAGGGUGUAAAGUCUCCAAACACCAUAUGAGGACUGAGUCGGCGAUCUGUGAAAUCAGGUUUACCUGGACAUAAGCAUUCAUUGGCCAUUAAAGUGUGUCGCUCAUAUUUCAUCUUUAAAUGAACUGAAUCUUAGCGUUUGGUGUUUGCUCCAAGUUUAAAAGCAAAAUAGUACUUUUAGACCAAAUCAACAUAUUUGAAAGUAAAUAUUGCACCAUAAUAAGACAAACAAGUAGUGCUGGUUAGUUUUUGAUACUUCCUGGAAAAUAGAUUCCUGUCACCUCCACAUGCUUCCACAAUUCCACUGACAUUGCUUUUGAGUGUCAUGCGUUGUCGGUUAUUCCCAUGAGAAAAGUCCACAGUUCCAGAUUUCUGGAAAAUGUGCAUAAAAAGUUUUGAAAGUCAACCACAGACCCCACAAUACUUGGAGAUUAUAUAAUGCAAUUUCCCGGAGCCUUCGUGGAUCGAGGUCUGUGAUUCUUAGAGGCUGGAUGUUGGAACUGGGUCUAAAUGUUAUUCUGCUGAUUCUGCUUGCCAACUGCUGCCAUCAACGGUCUUCAUCUGACAGAAAGGUGUUUAUCUAACAAAGGGCUGAAUUUUUGUACCAGAUAUGAGGCAGAACAUUGGACAAAAUGCUAAAAUAUGUAUAUAGUCAACUUUUACUGUGUUUUUCUUGUUUUGUAUCCUAUGCCAAAUGUGGUAAAUACUCAUUAGCUAGCUUUAAAUAUCAUUUUUUAUCUACAGAGUUUGGCGUUCUGUUGGUGAAACACCACUUUAGUCCAGAUAGAAAUAUCUCAACACCAAUUAGAUGGAUUUCCAUGAAAUGACAUCCAUAAUGUCCAUGAUCACUAAAGGAUGAAUUGUAGUAGAGUAGUGUAGCUAACCAUCAGUUGCAAAAAACAAAACAAAACCAUUCAGAUAAGAAAGAUGUGAGUUAAAAUUUUCUUUCUGACAUCAAUUUGUAAACAAUAAAGCUGUUAUUAGUAUUACAAAAUCACUCUGCAGAGGUAAUGUUAAGUCAGAGAAAAGCUAUAUUAAAAGAAUAUUGAUUCUCCA